UUCGACUGGUUCCACGGUCUUGGGUGCUGAAGUCGGAAAAGACACCGAAUUGUCCUUCCAGCAAUUUAAUACCGAAUCGCAAUCGCCAGCCGCUUCGGCUGUCCCGCGCCUGCGUCGACAGAUAGUAGGUAUGGGCCAGCCCAUAUCUGGCGUCCCAGGCACGAUCUUUGAGGCUGCCACCGAAGAAAACGAAUCGAAUGCCAAAAGAUUGCCUGACCAAGAGGAAACUGGCAGUUGUGCGAUCGUAUCUAGGGUCCGCAAUGCUACUGCUGGUAGCUUGACGUGUGUUAGAAAUGGUGUUGUCGGGGAGAUAAGGCGCGGUCUUGUUAGACGCAGAUUUUCAGGACUCUCGAAAAACGCUCGCCUGCGUCUAUACAACAGACGAAGCGAGUCAAUUUACGAGCCGAUUAAUUCAGAGGAUUCCCAAUCUGAUCCCCAGUACACUGGCUCUUCCUUAGAUUUCCGACUAUCUGGCUUCUGUUCCACACCUGCUUCCCACCUAGUUAAGCCUUCAGUCAACCUCCGGCAGCAUUUACAGCGCAGGCAGCAACAACUGGGCCCAGACGCGACAAUGUCUAAUGGCCCUGCGGACCCAGUCAGCCAGCAUUGUGUCUUGACCUCAAUCAAUGAGCAACCUUAUCUGACAUCAUUUUAUGAGCAGGAUAUAAGGUAG